UCUCGUUUACUUAAAAUAGGACUUGGCGGGGCUUUGGGGAUUGGGACCGGCUCACUCAAAAGUUGCAGAGGCCCACAUAGUUGAUCAAACUUUAGCUUUGGAUAGGCAUUUAUGUAGUAGCGCUGAAUCUCUGGAAAUUUGGCCAAUUCAUCUUUCGUCAUAACAGAUGACAACACGAAGUAUAAGCUGGCAACUGCCGCAGCAUCUGCAAUAGUUGGAUCUUCUCCAACAAGGAACUCCUUAUCUUUUACUUGACGCUCUAAGACUGCAAAGAUGGAAAAAGUGUUUUUCUUGGCUUUCUCUUCUGUUUUUGGAUCAUAUGGAAUGGAGCGCAUUCUCCCAGCCACCCAUGGAAUAACAGCAUCAUAAAAUUCCUGAUUGAAGAAACAAGCCCACAUCAAGACUUCAGCCUUGGCAAGAGCAGUAGCUCCACCUACAAUGCCUAAUGGAUCAUAGCUCGCAAAAAAGCUAGCGAUCGCGAUAGAUUGCCACAGACAAAUUCCGUCAGCACCAACGAAAACAGGAAUUUUUUGUAUGGGAAAUUUUUCAGCUAAGCCUUUAGGAAAAGAUCCUGGUAAUGUAUUAGAAGCAUUCUCUACCGGUAGACCCAGCAAUGCAGCCGUGCUGAGGACCAUGCCGACUCGAGGAGACUUAACAGAACCGUAGACAGUACCGAAUGCCAUUUUGUUAAUUUCACUGUUUACUCUACUCCAUCAGGAAUAGCUCUAUUUAUUAAGACAAUCACGGUGGCAAAAAAAGGAAAGGUCGGAAACGGAAUCAAAGAUGCCGUUUCAAAAAUGCUUUGUUACGCUGUACUUACAUCACAGAGGUCAAAGAAAUGAAACUUACUGGGUUUCAAAGUAAUACUUUUUAUUUCAAGCCAAGAUAUAUGAAUAUGCAGACAAGCUUUGAAAUAUCCUCAUUGUUUCAAGUAUUUUUUAAAGGUUUUAAACACUGUAUUUGAGCUUUCAAAGAAAUGAAUGAAUUAUGUGACAACGUCAUUCUGGGUGUCCUUAUUACUGUGUUCAAGCAGUUGGUCUUUGAACUUUGAUCUAGAAAAACUCGUUGUACGAUGGAUAUUAGCAGCUUUAAGAAAACAAAACGUUGAUAUCAUUUUAUUCAUGAAUUUUCAGGAUCAGUAGAUAUUUGCAUCGCUUCCUAAUAUUUAGCAUGUAUAUAUAAUAUGUUUUUAGUUCAGCACUAAAUGACGAACGUAUUAAGAAUAAAACUAUAAGUAAACGCUUAAUAACAUGAGGUUAUUUUAUCUGAAAAUGUGUUUUUAUUCUUUCUGCUUGCAUUUAUUAUUACAUACUUGUACAAAGGGUAUAGGCUAAUUAUGAAGAAAAUUUUAUUAAAAACAUUAAAUAUUUAAGCAUUAGGAGUCCGUUAUAUACACCUACCUACCAUUCCAUUGGAGAUUUAUUAGGUCCAUAGUGUUUGAUUCUUUUUUCCCACAUAUAUAAAGAGCAUACUCAUUCUGAGAAAUUUUUCACCAUACUUUUUCAUCAUCCAUUGUCGAUGAAUCUUGGUCAGGCUUUUCGUUCAGCUGACUUACGUUGAGGUCAAUUUCAGAAAGACUCCAAAACCGGGUUUUCGCAAAGAAUUUGUAUGUAAAAUAAACUAUAGGAAAUAAUGGGAGCAAAAUAUAUGAAUCAAUAAAACUACCUGCGUUAAAAGGACUAAGAGUGGUCCACCCUUGAAUUAAUGCAAGAAAGAUAGUGGCUGCUAAACCAAAAUAAGCAUUCCAAGGAAAACAAAACGAUUUGUAUGGUAGCUCAUCAGCAUCGUGCCCCUGAACUUUCCAAGCACGUCGAAACCGAAUAUGUAUAAAUGAGAUAGAUCCCCAGACCAGGAAGGUUGAGACACCACUCAAAUUCACAAUAUAGUUGUAUGCUUUUUGCGCUCCGGUACUGACAUUCAUCAAUGACAAAGCGCCAAAUAAAUUUGUGAAAAUGAUGGCAUAAACCGGUACGCCGCGCUUAUGUACUUUGCCUAAAAAGCGAGGCGCUUUUCGUUUCCGAGCCAUAAAGAGAACAGUACGGGAUCCAAUAUAGAUUGCACUGUUUACACUAGAGAGACUCGUUAUAAAAAUAAAGGAAUUAAUUAGAUGAGCUCCUCCCUUCCAGCCAGCAUUUUGGAUAGCUAUUGUCAUUGGACUUUUUAGAGCGCGACUAGAACCUCCGGACAAUCCUGGCGAAUUAGAAGGACAAGUAAGCCCAAAGAAGAAUGCAGAUCCAAUAUAAACGAAAAGAAUACGCCAAAAAACUUGUCGGAUAGCACGGGGUACUGCGACUUCAGGGUUUUUUGUUUCUGUGGCAGCUACGCCAACAGAUUCGCAUCCAGAAUAGUACGCAGAACAAUACGUGAAAACCGAUGCAACUCCCCGAAACCCAUUUACAAACGGUCCAGGGUUAUGCCAAUACCGAAAGCCCAAUGCUCCCUUCUGAUGUACCAAGCCUCCUGCGGCAUAAACAAUGGAAAAGAUAAAGUAACUGACAAGCCCUAAGAGUUUCAAGAGAGCGAGCCAAAACUCUGCUUCGCCAAACGCUUCUACUCCUAAGAGUUGGAAUAACAGGAAAAAAACCCAAAAAAUGAGAAAGUACCCCCAAAUUGGUACUUUAUCACUCCAAAACAAAAAGAUACUUGUUAUUGUGUUGUACUCAUUUGCUAAAACUGCUACCCAGUUGAUAAAAUAAUACCAGCCAACGGCAACUCCAAAGGCUUUAUCUACCAUGCGAUCUGACAGCUCUGUAAAGGAUCCUCCACUUGGAUACAUGGUUGUAAUUUCUCCCAAUGAUUGCAUAACACUAAAGGCUAUUAUUCCAACACUUGCAAACCCAAUUAACAAAGAUGCUGGUCCUCCACUUGCGAGUGCUUCACCUGAUCCAACAAGCAGCCCGGGACCAAUGAUGCCGGCCAGUGCCAUCAUACUGAGAUGUCUUGGCUUUAAUCCCCGUUUUACUCCAUUUUCAUAAUUGGACUUGAUACUUUUCUGAUCUUUGUCGCAUUUAUCAAACUCGUCUAGGAUUUCGACGGUCGAGUCGUUUGUCGAAUCCUUCUUUUCCGUGUAUGGUUUCUUCUUGAUCACUGAAUUAAAACAUUGCUUCAUUCUCGGACGUUAUGAUAAAAAAAGUUACCUGCAUAUGAAAGAAUUGAUCAUGAACGAGAGAAAUUCUUCAUUUUUAUGUAUUCUUGCAAGCUAUCUACAAUCUAAUGAAAGUUAAAGAUACUUUAACUUAUAUCAAAGUAUGAUCAAAUAAUAACAAUAUUCGAAAUAUCUUAUCACUGAAUUAUUGAUUCCCCGCGGCAUAAUAGUUUACAGCUGUUACAGUUAAUUCCCAUUAUUAGGUAACUAAGGACAAUAAUAGCAUGGCGACAUCUCUGAAGUAACUUGAGGAAUCAAUAGCAGCUUUAAGUCUCUCAAUUUAAAUCCAUAAUCAACAAAUGAAUAUGAGACUAUUGUUCCGUUUCUUCAUCAUGUUCCUAGUUUCCAUCCAUCCAGUGAUGGUGCUCUACCGUCUUCCCUUCUACUAGCUCUAGCUCAAAGAAUGAAAAGGAAAGGAAAUGCUAUGUAGGCAAACCAAGUGUUAAAUCUGAUUUAAAGUCAUAGGUGAAAAAAAGGUGUUUAUACCCAAAAGGACCAAAAAUGGUUUAAAAUAAAUCUUAAUUGGGGAAAUGAUAUUGACUGUACAUUUCUUUGGGCUUUUAAAUGAGUACUUAUGCAUAUAGGUCUAUGUUUGAGCUACAGCUUAGGUUAGUCCAUGCUUCUACAUACUAAUUGAAUUGAUUACAGCCUUCCAGCUACUCUAUUUGAAGAUAUUCUCUUAUCAAAUUGCGUCUUUACGGUUUCCAGCAGAAGAUGGAUCCAAAUGUUAUUAUUGGAUUCUUUGAGAAUACACCAUACCAUGCGCAUACCUUAUUUUAGUUUUACCUAUAAAAAGGAGGCUAAUCUUCUGAAAAUAUAUGAUAUUGAUUGAAUACCUCUUACAUAUUUUUUAUAUUUGCCGAUGUUAUUUUUUACGGGUGGGUGAAAUAGGUUUCAUAAAGAUCGAGUUUGUUGAGUUUGUUUCGUAAAACCCUUAGCUUACAAAUUUGGCUCUUUUUAUCUUUUUUCUUCUUCUUGUCUCUUCUUUAUUUCAUUACAUUGUAUAUCGUUUACUCGCUAUACCCUCCGUCGUCUGCACCUUUCUUCUGGUCAUAAAAACGGUAUUUGAAGGUUCCGUCUCGUUAAUAUACAAACAUUCUUAAAACAACAUAAUAUGUGAUGCGGUUAUUGAUAUUCUGUAGUAGACUCUGCUCCUACAUGAAAUUUUCACACUUUGUGUAUAAUUUUCCACACCAACCUCAGUCAACUGUUCAUAUACAUGGACCACUCUUGGACCGAAACGUAGGUGUGCAAAAGCACAUAUCUGCAUUUUUUUUGAUACUUUUUUGAUAAUUUAUUCGCUAUACUUUUAAUAGAACUGUUUUAUCUCUGUGGAUAGCAAAUCCCCUUCGAUAUUGCCUUGUUCUGAAUCUUUUUACGUCGGUUGUGAUUACUCACAUGCAUGCUCAAUCUUUAAAGCAUUUCAAAGUUAUUAGAAGUAAUUUAUUAGAGAAAGGAUGCUUUUAACGGAAUCCUACUUUAUUAUAACGUCUAUCUUAGGCAGUCUGGCUAGGCUUGGUUUAAUGACGCUGAAUACAUAUCCCAAUAGCCCAUUUAAUGGUAUCAUCUGGGCGCAGGUCGUUGGUUGUAUAAUAAUGGGCUUUGCGCAGACAGAAACCGUUUUUUUUCCUCGGCCAAAACAUAAUGCAGCACUUUUACUAGCAAUAACCACAGGAUUUUGUGGUUCCCUUACUACUUUUUCUUCAUGGAUGUUGGAGAUGUUUACGGCCAUGGCUAACCUUGACCCUUUUCUACCCAGAGGACGGGGGUAUUCGUUUUUGGCUGUCGUUUCGACAUUUACGUUGACGAUAUCAAUGGCGUUUUCCGGCUUAUUGUUUGGAAAACAAUUAGGAAAGUCAACAAUGCAUUGGAAGAUCGGUGACUUUCGACUUGCUCGAGCAAUUCCAAUGCACACUCACCUAAUCGUAAAAGGGCUACUCUUUAUACUGGCUAUUUGUUUUUUUGUUGGAAGUUCCUUUUACACUGCUUAUACUAAGAAUAUUACACAUCGGGGUAUCGGGUUCAGCUUAAUCUUUUCCCCAUUUGGUGCAGUUUUGCGAUUAUACCUUGCUCGCUGGUUUAACUCUCCGAAAUACUAUAUGCCGUACGGAACACUGAUUGCAAAUCUCUUGGGUACUUUACUCAUUGCUAUUAUGUACAUGAUUCCUCGUAUUGCUCACUGCAAUCCUGUUUCUAGAAGUGUGAUAUACGGAAUUCAGAAUGGGUUUUGCGGCUGCUUGACCACUUUGUCUACAUUCGUCAAUGAACUUCAUACUAUGCAUGCAAAAAGAGCAUACAUGUAUUGUAUUUUGAGUGUUGCCGUUGGAUUUUCAUUUUGUGUAAUCAUUGAUGGCGCUACUGCCUGGGGACAUGGUUAUAAUGUGCAAUAAUAACGCACAGUAUCACAUUCGUUACUUACUCGCUUUAUCCUUUGGUCAUACUUUCUUUCUAUAAUUAUUGCUUUAUUGAACAUUUUUUCGCUUGCGACGUGCUCCUUGUGAUCCUAUGAAACUUAAUAUGACUCCUCGCUUUUGGAUGUCUUGCUAAAAAGGAAACAAUAGGGAACUAAAAAUAGUAACUAAGGGGUUCAGUUUAUGCUUAAAUAUAAUGUCAGAAGUGAAAGCUAAUAUCCUUCAUUUUUGGAUUAAUCUUUUGUGAAGAUCAUCAGGUAUAUACGCUGCACGAAUUUCGAUAGACACUUUUUUUCUCAUGUAAAUAUACCUUGAUCUAUAAUUUAUUUAUUUUUCUUUUUAGAAAUAGCUCUACUUGACUUGGCACUCAUUCUUUGCGUUUUAGAAUUCAGCUUUUGUAAAGUAUCUUCACGCAUUUUUGAUGAAUUUUCAUUAAUCUUAGUAUGCAGUAUGUUUCUUAAUUAACAAAAUACACACGAAGAAAUUGGUAUCUCCAAACCAACAUUUUACUGCUCCUUUAUUGAUUUUCCCUUCUCAAACGCACUGGCGUUUUCGGUGACUUUACCUAAUACUUCUUCUACAUCACCUUUAAAAUGUUUCGCUGUUUUAGAUUCCUCAAUGGGACCUUUUUGGUUAUUUACGUCUGUAGGUUCGGGUUUGGAAGAAUAUCCCUCUGUAGCAUUUGAAUCGUAUCCAUAGGUUGAAUCCGUUCCUGCAGAUGCUUCAGAUUGUUUCUCUUUUUCAUUACGUUGUGGAUCUACCUGGUUUAAUCGUAGAAUCGUAAGCUAAAUUAAUGCCUAAGUGAAUUAGAUAAUUCAUACCAUAGUGACAACUCUCGUAAAUAAACAAAGGAUUCAAAUCUCUGUGGAG